AUGUCGAGCAGAUUGAACAACAUCAAGGACCACGUCACAGGCCAGUCGCAGGCCACCGUCAAGGGCACAAGCCCUGACGACGUGGUGAUCGUGGCAGCAUACCGUACUGCCAUCGCCAAGGCAUUCAAGGGGGGGUUCCACGAGAUGCCCAGCGACCAGCUGCUCUACGAGUUCUUGGUCAAGUUCUUCGAGAAGGUGGAUGUGGACAAGAAGCUGAUCCAGGAGGUCACAUGCGGUAACGUGUUGAACCUGGGCGCGGGCGCUAACGAGCACCGCGCUGCCUGCCUGGCCGCGGGCGUGCCCUUCAACGUGCCAUUCAUGGCGAUUAAUAGACAGUGUUCCUCGGGGUUGACUGCGGUAAACGACAUUGCCAACAAGAUCAAGGUCGGGCAGAUCAAUGUCGGGCUUGCGCUUGGCGUGGAGUCCAUGUCGGUCAACUACCCACGCAUGAACUUCGACCACACCUCGCCAGACCUACAGGAGAACAAGGAGGCGCGCAAGUGCUACAUUCCUAUGGGAAUCACGAACGAGAACGUUGCGAAGGCCUUCAAGAUCCCCCGCGCUGUCCAGGACGAGUUUGCUGCGGAUUCUUACAAGAAGGCUGAGGCGGCGGUCAAGGGCGGUCUGUUCCAGGAGGAGAUUUUGCCAAUCACCAAUCCAGAUGGGAAGGUGAUCAACACCGACGAGGGCCCAAGAAAGGGCGUGACCGCCGAGAGCCUCGGCAAGUUGCGUCCUGCCUUCAUCCCAGAGAAGGGUGUCACCACUGCUGGUAACGCAUCCCAGGUUUCGGACGGUGCCGCGGGUGUUCUGCUAGCCAGAAGAUCUGUUGCCGAGAAAUUGGGUCUGCCUAUCCUAGGCAAAUAUGUCGCAUUCCAGGCUGUCGGUGUGCCUCCAGAGAUCAUGGGUGUUGGUCCUGCCUACGCAAUUCCUGCCGUGUUGGAGCAGACCGGCUUGCAGGUCGGCGACGUCGACAUCUUCGAGAUCAAUGAGGCUUUUGCAGGCCAGGCCUUGUACUGUGUUGAGAAGUUGGGUAUCGACAAGACGAAGCUAAACCCACGCGGUGGUGCCAUUGCCCUUGGCCACCCACUUGGUUGCACUGGUGCGCGCCAGAUUGCUACUAUUAUGCGGGAACUACAGCCUGGUCAGAUUGGUCUAACCAGUAUGUGUAUCGGUAGUGGUAUGGGUGCCGCUGCCAUUUUUGUUAAGGAAUGA